AUGUACGCACUAGCGAUCGCGGUAGUAAUUCAACUCUUUGAGCUCUGUCUCCUGGGAACUAUCCUCAGUAUCAAGAAUGAGGAAAUUGAACAUGCAUUCUACAACUCGUUGUGGUAUCUGAUGGAUCGUAUCGAAAAAAAGGACUUUAUGAUAAUGUUCCACAAAAGUCAACACGCCAUCGAGAUGACUGUCGCUAGUAUGGCGCCGUUGAAUAUUGUUCUUUUCAUAGCUGUAAGUGUGCAGUCAGGUAACAACUUAAAUUAAAUAUUGAUUUUACAUCUUUGAAAAACUCUAUUUUUCGCAGAUAAUGCAAAAGAUCUACACAUUUGCAAUGAUGUUGAUGAACCUUGUCGAUUAAAAUUUUAAAAGUUGUUAAUACACGUAAGCAAUUUUAUUACUAUAUCCUGGGUAUCUUUAUAUCCGGAAUAUUUCUUUUAACGGAUUGUUAUUAUUUUUUUAUGCAUUAAAUACGGCCUGCCCGUAUUGAUAAAUUAACGGAUUAUCAUUUAAUAUGAAAUAUUGAAUUUGCAAUAAAUUUCAAAACACACACCAACAUAUUUAACUCAGCGCCUCUUACACGGCAAGACAGGAACUAAAUCCCGUCCGUACCGUUCCCUCGUAGCAACUGCUGAAAUGCUGGAUAAGUGAUAUUAUGAAAUCUAAGAAGCUAUUUAUAGAAGACAUGACCUAGUAGGUCGUUACACCAGGAAGAAAAUCAUACAUGACAAGAACAGACAUUACUAUUGCUCGAAAAAUAAAUGAAAUAUCUCUGCAUUCACGCGUUAGUAAUUAAAAGGAUUUAUUUUUUGUAUUUUAAUGUAUACCAAUAAAAAUUAAAGUACAACUUCAGAUUGCUUUAACUGCCAUCUGUUUAUAUUUUUGAGUAGGACAUAUAUCAGAACGGACUUCCAUAUCAUACAUCAAUCUCUUUUUCUCAUAGAGGCGUCCCAGAUCAUUCCUCAUGGUUCAUCAUGGUUCAUCUCAUUUAUCUAGAAAAAUUAAAACAAUAUUCAUAUGAAAAUGUCCAGAUGUUUAAGUAAAAUAUUAAGUAAUAGUUGAAUGAAGUAUGUUUUAA